CUUGAUUCGCAUAUGGUUUUUCUCAUUUUUCUUGCAAACGAUGGACCAUCAAACGUUUUUAUUAAUUAAUUCGCAACUAUCAAACGAUUUUGCAUCGAUUAAGCUCCAGAAGUUGGCCGGCCAACUUCACGCAGGUCCGUUUGUGUUUUUCAUAUCAGAGUCAAUCAGAGUUGAUCAGACUGUGUCAGACACAGUCAGGCAUCUGAUGGAAGAAAAAGAAACCGUUUGUAGUCGUUAGAAGAAAAGAAGGAAAGAAUGAAUAUUGUUCAACAUUUUAAUGAUUACAAUCAUUUUUAUGUAUAAUUGUACUAAAGUAUUAUGAUUUGUUAUGAUAAGAUAAUUAUAAACUUCAUCAAUUAUGUUCUUUCAGAUUAAUGUGACACCUAAACAGAAGGACGUUGUUGAUCAGAAAAAAUGUCCAAGGACGGAUUCUCAAUUUAUUUUGGUGUUAGCACCAUUUCAACCACAAACAAAGAUCAAGAUGGAAUCUACUUUGAAUGUCACCCAGAAAUGUUAUUUGAAUAUAAAAAAUACAAGUAACAAACCAUUGAAGGGUGACGUCCUCCUUCAGUCUACAUUACUGCCACAUAACGUGGACUUAGCACUGACCGCUUUGAAGAAUUCAGGAUACGUCCUAACCGGAGACAUCGACGCCAAGAGUAUCGCAGAUGGACACCGUGAGAAGACUGUAUCUGUGCUAUGGCAAAUAAUCCACAAAUUCCAGGCACCAAGAUUCCAUGAAGUAGCUAUCACCAUACAAAAGUGGUGCUUGGAGAGGAUACUUGGCCAGAAGAAUUUUAGCUAAAGUCAAGCAAGACUUCAUUGUCAAAUUUCAAAGGAGAAAUACAGCAGCAACUGUGAUUCAAAGACAUUGGAAACGUAGACAAGAAAUAAUUAAGGUUCGAAAUAAUUUCAUGAAGACGAUGACUGGGAUUCUUCGUAUUCCGAGAUGAUGAAGAACGCAAAGGGAUACCAGAACCUUUGUUAGGGAAUUCAAAAGAAAACGAGAAGCUGCUAUUGUAAUACAGAAGAGAUGGAAAGAAACUCUUUUAACCAGGAUGCUCCGUAAGAGGUUCCUUGAUACGCGUGCUGCUGCAUUGAGGAUAUAAAGGUUCUGGAGAAACAGAUGCUGUAAUAUCGCUGAGGUAUCGCUGUAAUAGAUCUGUACCAUGGAUGGAGAUCUCUCUACGAUCCACAAGUAUCCUGCUUAAUUUAGCCAAAUAUCAAAAGUCAAAGCCUUACGUAAUCAAGAUCGAAUACACAGAAAUGAUGGCAAGACUGAUGACUGUUGCAAUAGAAAAGAAUGUUUCUCUAUUUUUACAUUUAGCUACUUUCUUUUGGCUCAUUUUAGAGGAACAUGAAUUUGCACAGUCAUUUCCUGUGAGAAGACAGUCUGGUUAUUGAAUUCCUUACAAACGGUGGCCA